AUGCGUCUAGUUAAGGCCCGCCCUAAGGUCGGGGCCGUACCGGGCGCUUGCGCUGUCCUAUCGCCUGAGUUUCUAGCCCUAGGCCGGGUUUGGGCUUGCACCCUAGCUUUGGCCGAGAUAGAGCCUGCUCCCGUGCGCCCUGCCUAUACCCUUGCCCUUGUACCGGGUGUUGUCUCUCCCCCUACCGCUGCCGAUAACGAUAACGACCCGAACUGCACCCUCGUCCUUACCGCUAACGCCUUAACCCCGACUCGAGCGGGUAGCCGUUCUAGCGCUAUACCGAGCAUGCAGCUUGGCGUAUUUGCCUAG